UGCCGGCAGCUGGAGGCCCGAGGAGGCUGGAGAGGGACUGCAGUCCUGGAGAAGGCCUGCUCUUGGGACCCUGCCUGGACGUGGGUGCACUGCCCGGAGUCCAUCACAGAGCCCGGAGCACCCUGAGGUGUCCAGGUGGAGUCUCCAUGGCUUCCCUGAGCCGGGCCCUGCGGGUGGCCUUCGCCCACUCUCGGCAGAGCCCCGCUCAGGGCCUGGGACUCUGCCCCCUGAGCAGCGCGGCCAGACCCCCGGCGGAGAAGAGUGUGCCAUACCAGCGGACGCUGAAGGAGGAGCCGGAUGGCUUGGAGGCAGCCCGAGGCCCGACUCGGCCCCUGCCCAGCACAGCCAGCGUGGUGGUCAUCGGCGGGGGCAGCCUGGGCUGCCAGACCCUGUACCACCUGGCCAAGCUGGGCGUGAACAACCCUGUGCUUCUGGAGCGUGACCGGCUGACCUCGGGGACCACUUGGCACACAGCGGGCCUGCUGUGGCAGCUGCGUCCCAGCGACGUGGAGGUGGAGCUGCUGGCCCACACGCGCCGCGUGGUGAGCCGUGACCUGGAGGAAGAGACGGGGCUGCACACAGGCUGGAUCCAGAACGGGGGGCUGUUCAUCGCCUCCAACCGGCAGCGGCUGGACGAGUACAAGCGGCUCAUGUCGCUGGGCAAGGCCUAUGGCGUGGAGUCCCACGUGCUGAGCCCAGCAGAGACCAAGGAGCUGUACCCGCUGAUGAACGUGGACGACCUCUACGGGACUCUGUACGUGCCACACGACGGGACCAUGGACCCUGCUGGGACCUGCACCACCCUGGCUAGGGCCGCCACUGCCCGAGGAGCCCAGGUCAUCGAGAACUGCCCAGUGACCGGCAUCCGAGUGUGCACGGACGACUUCGGGGUGCGUCGCGUCGCAGCGGUGGAGACCAUGCACGGCUCCAUCCAGACGCCCGUCGUGGUCAACUGCGCAGGAGUAUGGGCCGGUGCAGUGGGGCGCAUGGCUGGAGUCAAGGUCCCCUUGGUGGCCAUGCACCAUGCCUACGUCGUCACUGAACGCAUCGAGGGCAUCCAGAACAUGCCCAAUGUCCGAGACCACGAUGCGUCUGUGUACCUCCGCCUGCAGGGGGACGCCUUGUCUGUGGGCGGCUAUGAAGCCAACCCCAUCUUCUGCCAGGAGGUGUCAGACAAGUUUGCCUUUGGCCUCUUUGACCUGGACUGGGACGUGUUCACCCAGCACAUCGAAGGCGCCAUCAACCGGGUCCCCGUGCUGGAGAGGACAGGGGUCAAGUCCACGGUCUGCGGUCCGGAAUCCUUCACGCCAGACCACAAGCCCCUGAUGGGGGAGGCGCCCGAGCUGCGCGGCUUCUUCUUAGGCUGUGGCUUCAACAGCGCAGGAAUGAUGCUGGGCGGUGGCUGUGGGCAGGAGCUGGCACACUGGGUCAUCCAUGGACGGCCCGAGAAGGACAUGUAUGGCUACGACAUCAGACGCUUCCACCACUCACUCACUGACCACGGCCGCUGGGUCCGGGAGCGCAGCCACGAGUCUUAUGCCAAGAACUACUCUGUGGUCUUCCCCCACGACGAGCCCCUGGCGGGACGCAACAUGCGGCAAGACCCCCUGCACAAGGAGCUGCUGGCUCAAGGCUGCGUGUUCCAAGAGAGACAUGGCUGGGAGCGGCCCGGAUGGUUCAGCCCCCACGGGGCAGCCCCGGUCCUGGACUACGACUACUACGGAGCCUACGGGCACCAGGCGCACCAGGACUACACCUACAACAAGCUGCUGAGCGAUGAGUACACCUUCCACUUCCCGCCCCACCACGAGGCGAUCAAGAAGGAGUGCCUGGCUUGCAGAGAGGCUGCUGCUGUGUUCGACAUGUCCUACUUCGGGAAAUUCUACCUGGUGGGACCAGACGCGAGGAAGGCUGCAGACUGGCUCUUCUCUGCUGACGUCAGCCGGCCCCCAGGCUCCACCGUGUACACCUGCAUGCUGAACCAUCGGGGAGGCACAGAGAGUGACCUGACCGUCAGCCGGCUGGACCCUGGGCCACGGGCAUCCCCGCUGGCCCCCGCCUUUGAAGGAGAUGGCUACUACCUGGCAGUGGGCGGGGCCGUGGCCCAACACAAUUGGUCCCACAUCACCACAGUGCUGCAGGACCAAAGGCUCCGGUGCCAGCUCAUUGACCACUCGGAGGACCUGGGCAUGAUCAGCGUCCAGGGGCCGGCCAGCCGGACUGUCCUCCAGGAGGUGCUGGACACUGACCUGAGCAACGAGGCCUUUCCCUUCUCUACCCACAAGCUGGUGCGGGCUGCCGGCCACCUGGUGAGCAGCUUUGCCCUGUCUAUAGCUCUCCACCAGCCAGAGCUGACGGAUGGAAGCUACCGACACUGGCACGCAGACCUGCGGCCCGACGACAGCCCCUUGGAGGCUGGCCUGGCCUUCACCUGCAAGCUCAAGUCCAGCACCCCCUUCCUGGGGCGGGGGGCCCUGGAGCAGCAGAGGGCAGCAGGCCUGCACCGGCGGUUGGUGUGCUUCACAGUGGACGAGAAAGUGCCCAUGUUCGGCCUGGAGGCCAUCUGGAGAAACGGGCAGGUGGUGGGUCACGUGCGCAGGGCAGACUUUGGGUUCGCCCUGGACAAGACCAUCGCCUAUGGCUACAUCCGGGAUCCCAGUGGAGGGCCGGUGACCCUGGACUUUGUGAAGAGUGGGGACUACACCCUGGAGAGAAUGGGGGUGGCCUACGCCGCGCAGGGACACGUGAGGUCACCCUUUGACCCCGACAACAAGAGAGUGAAGGGCAUCUACUGACUGCCAGGCGGGCAGGACCACAGCAUCCAGAGGCCAGCCCACCCGCUGCCCACUGCCCAUAGGCCCCUGGACCCCGGCCUACACCCUGCUUGCCUGCAGUCUGGUCUGGUGCUGCAGAGACUCCCACAUCUACAGUGGGCAGAGUGUGGAAGGACCGGACGGCCCCCUGUGCCCCACCAGACCUUGGCAUCAGUGUCUACCCACCUCCCACAAAGCAGACACAGACCUGGACUUGGGGUGGGGGGUGGUGAUGGCUGGAGUGCUGAGUAAACCCCCCAUGGGCCGAGGCUUCACUCUGGGCUCAGGGUCCUGGAGGGCGGCAGGGGGAGGCUUGGUGGAAGAGACCGAGGCUGCUGUGUGGGGAUUGGGGACAAGCGACUGGCGAUCGAUCGACUGGCAUUGCCUGCCUUGGGCGCAGCGAGGCAGGCGCCAGGGCCACAAGUGCAGAUGGUGCGGAUGGGCUUCCGGCUGCAUUGAAGCAGCGCUCAGACCCUGGGGAGAGGGGCAGUUGGCCGGGAAGUUCUUUGGUCCUGACCACUCAGUCCUGCAGGAGGGGAGUUUUGGGGAGUGAGCAGCUCAGGAACACAAGGAGGCCCCUGGGGGUCCCGUAGCACUGUCUGACCCCCAGGGUUCCCCCACCAUCCCGGCUCCCUCCCGUCUGGGAGAGGAGCUCCUUCUCCCACCCGCCUCCCCCACGUCACCACACAGAAGGCGGCACCCAGCUGUGUGUGCACAGGGUCAGGAAACGGGGGUGGCUCUGCUGCCAUCACCCCAGGUUCUGCCCCGUGUCCGGAGAAACCUUGCACCAUGCCCACAGAUUCUGACGUCAGCCCCCUCCCCUCAGAUCCCCGGGCAGGGCUCCCACUGGCCACCCUCAGUCACUCCCAGCCUCUGCUGUCCAGCUGUCCAGGAAGGUGGACCCUGCAGCCCUGCAGAGUGUCAAGAGAGGGGCAGGUGAGAGUGCCCAGGGUGGAGCACCGGUCUCUGGCAGAGGUGGGGCAAGGAUAAGACCCCCACAGGGCCCUCCCGGGGCAGGAUCUGGGCUCUAGGGAAUGUUGGCUGGGCCGAGGGUGGAGUGGGCGGGGAGGCCAGGCCCCUUGGAUCCUCCUUGUCUGCAUUCUGGAACAAUCAGUGACCUUGUUGCAUCUCA